GAUGCCAAGAAGUACUCCUGCGGUAGGAGGAGACUCAGGGCAGAGGGAGGAAGGACAGCAGACCAGGCAGUCACAGCCACCCUGACAAGAGCAUUCCUGGAACUCAAGAUCUUCUCCACAGAAGAGGACAGAGCAGACAGCAGAGACCAUGGGGUCUCCCUCAGUCCCUCCUUACAGAUGGUGCAUCCCCUGGCAGAGGCUCCUGCUUACAGCCUCACUUCUAACCUUCUGGAACCCGCCCACCACUGCCCAGCUCACUAUUGAAUCCAGGCCAUUCAAUGUCACAGAGGGGAAGGAGGUUCUUCUACUUGCCCACAAUCUGCCCCAGAAUCUUUUGGGCUACAUCUGGUACAAAGGAGAAAGAGUGGAUGCCAACGGUCGAAUUGGAUCACAUGUAAUAGGAAAUCAACAAACUACCCCAGGGCCCGCACACAGCGGUCGAGAGACAAUAUACUCCAAUGCAUCUCUGCUGAUCCAGAACGUCACCCAGAAUGACACAGGAUCCUACACCCUACAAGCCAUAAAGGAAGAUCUUGUGAAUGAAGAAGCAACUGGCCAGUUCCGGGUAUAUCUGGAGCUGCCCAAGCCCUACAUCAUCAGCAACAACUCCAACCCCGUGGAGGACAAGGAUGCUGUGACCUUAACCUGUGAACCUGAGACUCAGGACACAACCUAUCUGUGGUGGAUAAACAAUCAGAGCCUCCCGGUCAGUCCCAGGCUGGAGCUGUCCAGUGACAACAGGACCCUCACUCUACUCAAUGUUCCAAGAAAUGACACAGCGUUCUACGAAUGUGAAACCCAGAACCCAGUGAGUGUCAGACGCAGCGACGCAGUCACCCUGAAUGUCCUCUAUGGUCCAGAUGCGCCCACCAUUUCCCCUCUAAACACAUCUUACAGAGCAGGGGAAAAUCUGAACCUCUCCUGCCAUGCAGCCUCUAACCCAUCUGCACAGUACUCUUGGUUUGUCAAUGGGGUGUUCCAGCAAUCCACACAAGAGCUCUUUAUCCCCAACAUCACCAUGAAUAAUAGCGGAUCCUAUAUGUGCCAAGCCCAUAACUCAGCCACUGGCCUCAAUAGGACCACAGUCAUGGCGAUCACAGUCUAUGCAGAGCUGCCCAAGCCCUACAUCACCAGCAACAACUCCAACCCCGUGGAGGACAAGGAUGCUGUGACCUUAACCUGUGGAUCUGAGGCUCAGGACCCAACCUAUCUGUGGUGGGUAAAUGGUCAGAGCCUCCUGGUCAGUCCCAGGCUGCAGCUCUCCAAUGGCAACAGGACCCUCACUCUACUCAAUGUCACAAGGAAUGACACAGGACGCUAUGAAUGUGGAAUCCAGGACUCAGUGAGUGCAAAGCGCAGCAACCCAGUCACCCUGAAUGUCCUCUAUGGCCCGGACACCCCCAUCAUAUCCCCCCCAGACUUGUCUUACAAUUCGGGAGCAAAUCUCAACCUCUCCUGCCACGCGGACUCUAACCCAUCCCCACAGUAUUCUUGGCUUAUCAAUGGGACACUGCAGCAACACACAAAAGUUCUCUUUAUCUCCAAAAUCACAUCAAACAAUAACGGGGCCUAUGCCUGUUUUGUCUCUAACUUGGAUACUGGUCGCAAUAACUCCAUAGUCAAGAACAUCUCAGUCUCCUCUGGCAGUUCAGCACCUGGAAAUUCUGGUCUCUCAGCUAGGGCCACUGUCGGCAUCAUAAUUGGAGUGCUGGUUGGGGUUGCUCUGAUAUAGCAGCCCUGGUGUAGUUUCUACAAUUAAGAAAGACUGACAGUUGUUUUGAUUCUUCCUUAAAGCAUCUGCAACAGCUACAGUCUAAAAUUGCUUCUUUACCAAGGAUAUUUAUAGAAAAGACUCUGACCAGAGAUCGAGACCAUCCUAACCAAUAUGGUGAAACCCCAUCUCUACGAAAUUGGCUGGGCUUGGUGGCGCGCUCCUGUAGUCCCAGCUACUUGGGAGGC